CCGGCCUUGGGCCCUGCCGCAUAGCCUUCUAACCGUCCAACCGAUUGAUUACUCAUUCGCGCUGCCACCCGUCCGUCCCUUGUAUUUAGGAUAUCGCCAGCGGCACGACGCCCUCGACCAUCAUCUCAUCGACUGCACUCUCCACUCUCCCAUGGACGCCGUUCUCGCGCUCGCACCACGACGGCUCGUCGCGCGCACGCUGUGCACGCUCGCAGUCUCGACCGCCGUCUACGCGGGCUACGCCCUCGCCGCAGCCCUCUACCGCCACUUCACUUCUCACCUGCGACUGCUGCCGGGCCCCGCGUCGACGCAUUGGUUUUGGGGGAACAGUCGGGAGCGGAUCGCUGAUCAAGAUCGUGGGCUCCUGGACGAAUGGGCGAAGCUGUAUGGACGCGUGUACAGGACCCGGCGGAUGAUGGGCGGGUACAACCUCGUUAUUACCGACACGAAGGCCAUCCACCAUUUCCUGACGCAGACCGGGGUGUACCAGAAGUCGAAGAUGAUGCGGACGAUGUUGGGGAGGAUCGUGGGGCCUGGUGCGGUUGCACUAUCUCUUGUCUCUCUGCAAGGACUGCGCAAGAUCAUGAACCCUGCAUUUGGUCUCCCGCAGGUUCGGGAGCUGACGGAGAUCUUCAUCCAGAAGUCUAUCCAGCUGCGGGAUGUCUGGCUGGCCGCGGCGACAGCGUCCCCCGAAAACGCUGCUCCCGUCGAAGCCCUGUCUGCGCUGAGCAAGACGACACUCGACAUCAUCGGCCUCGCCGGGUUCAAUCACGACAUCAACGCCCUCGCCGCAGACGCUCACUCGCAACCGGACGAGCUCGCCGAUGCUUUUGAGAAGCUAUUCGAGGCUGAAACCGGUUUUGAUCUUCUCGGCCUAUUUAUUUCGAGAGUGCCGCUCAUGAGCAGAUUGCCUACUAAGCAAUACCGCACCACUAAAGCGGCACAGGCCCGCAUGAUCGCUAGUGGUCGCAGACUUCUCGCUGAAAGCAAGCGAGAGGUGCAGCAGAACGGGUCGUUUACCAGCGGCACUGGACGAGCGAGAGAUCUGUUGGCGCUUCUCGUGAAAGCGAACAUGGACAAGGACAUCCCAGAGAGCCAACGCUUGAGUGAUGAGGAUGUUUUAGCUCAGGUUCCGACCUUCUUGGUUGCUGGGCACGAAACUACUAGCACCGCUGUGACCUGGGCACUGUUUGCUCUGACUCAGCACAAAUCCGUCCAGGACCGCCUUCGCGAAGAGGUUCGCGGAGUCGCCACAGACUUCCCGACACUUGAUGAGCUCAACUCGCUCCCUUAUCUCGACUGCAUCGUCAAAGAGACCUUGAGGUUGCAUCCGCCUGUGACACAAACCAGCCGAGUGGCAGUAGUCGAUGACGUCCUACCGCUGGAAGAGCCGUUUACAGAUAUUCAUGGCAUCGCGCACAGCAGCCUUUUAAUCAAACAGGGACAGAUUGUUUUGAUCCCGAUUGCGAUGCUCAACCGGGAUAAAUCUAUAUGGGGCGAAGACGCUCUCGAGUUCAAGUUUGUUUUCACUUCUAUGGCCCAACCGCGAUUCACGCUCCGCAGACCCGAGCGGUGGGACUCAUCCAUAUCUAACUCGAUCCCCGGCAUCUACUCGCACAUGCUGACAUUCAUCGGCGGGCCGCGGAACUGCAUCGGGUAUCGCUUCGCCUUGGCUGAGAUGAAGGCCCUGCUGUUCACUCUCGUCCGGAGCCUCGAGUUUGAGCUGGGGGUGCCGGCUGAGCAGCUCAGCCAGAAGGGCACAGCGAUUGUGAUGCGCCCGAUCGUGUUGAGUGAGCCGGAGAAGGGGAAUCAGCUGCCGUUGAUUGUCCGUCCUGUCUCGUGGACACCUCACCCAUGUCUUGUGCAUAAAACAAGAGUGUGGUCUGCUUCCAAAUGCUCCCGCGCGCGCACGACAGAAAAUCCAGUCAUGUCCGACUCCAUCGAAUGCGGGAAUGUCGACAACGGCAGCACGUUCAUGGGGCUGCGCAUCGCGUCGGUGUUCAUCAUACUCGUGUGCUCGACGGCGGGAACGAUGUUCCCCAUCGCGGCGCAGCGCUCGACGUGGCUGCGAGUGCCUAAGCCGGUCUUCGAGUUCGCCAAGUACUUUGGAUCGGGUGUAAUCAUCGCGACCGCUUUCAUCCAUCUUUUAUCACCCGGAAUGGACGAGCUGUCCUCUCCGUGUCUGUCCCCGGCGUGGUUAGACUACCCCUACGCGCUCGCGUUCUGCCUCCUCAGCAUCAUGUCCAUCUUCCUCGUCGAGCUGAUCGCAUUCCGCUGGGGAACCGCGAAGCUGAAGAGGAUCGGAGCCAGCCACGAUCCGCACGGCCAUCGAUCCGACUAUUCCCAUGCCGCACACGGACCGGAGACCUCUGCUGUUCCUGCCCAGGCUGCGGUCCCCCUCGCCUUGGCGCCCAAGGUCGACUCUUACAGUGGCAGAUCAGAUCCUGAGAGUGGCAAGGCUGAGCUCAAGGUUGGUCUGUCGAACAUCGAUGACUCGGUGGCGGCGCGGAUCUUGGGCAUUGCGAUCUUGGAAUUUGGGGUGCUGCUUCACAGUAUCCUCAUCGGCCUGACCCUCGCUGUCGACCCGAACUUCAAGAUCCUGUUCGUCGUGAUCAUCUUCCACCAAACAUUCGAGGGGCUCGGUCUCGGAUCCCGGCUCGCCUCGCUGCACGACACUCUGCCCCCGACCUACCACCUGGUGCCCUACCUCGCGGCGGCCGUGUACGGAAUCAGCACCCCCAUCGGCAUCGCCGUCGGGCUCGGCGUCCGCUCGACCUACAACCCGGGCGGGACCACCGCCAGCAUCGUCAGCGGGAUCCUGGACUCUCUCAGCUCCGGUGUGCUGAUCUACACUGGUUUGGUCGAGCUGCUCGCACACGAGUUCCUCUUCAACAAGGAGAUGAUCAACUCGAGCAACGGGAAGCUGGCUUAUGCCAUUUGCUGCAUGCUCCUGGGCUGCGGGAUCAUGGCGCUGCUCGGACGAUGGGCUUGAGACUAUCAAACUAAUUCCCCAGUAUUUAAAAAGUAGAGCUAUGCUUCAUAUGACCCCUGUCUUCAACACGGC